AUGGACUUUGACGGGACAAAGCGAAAGCAAACAAUAUAUGUCGGAGGCCUACACGAAGACUCCAAUGAAGCAGAACUGAUGGAGAUAUUCUCGGCUUUCGGUGAUAUACUUGACAUACAAAUUCCGCCAGCUCCAACCAUACAUAGAGAUCAGCCUCCCACGGGCCACCGUGGGUUUGCGUUUGUGACGUUCUCCUCACCUGCGGAUGCGCAAGACGCGAUAGACAACAUGGACCUCAACGUUGUCCACGGCAAAGUGGUUAAAGUUAAUCUUGCUAAAGCCAUGAAGGUAGAGGCGAACCCGAAUCGUGCCGUGUGGGAGUCCGAGGAAUGGCUCAAGGAACAUGCAAAACCACUGGACGAAAGCAGCGGACAAGGCGUACGCGCUUCCACACGGGAGGACGCAAUGGAAGAAUAA